AGAAAAAGGGAAUUUUACGGGCUCGACAAAGAGGUGUUUCUUAUUUUACUGACUGUAUUUGGUGGAGCGGCACAUUGUCGAGUAAGUAAACAGCGCCCCCUCUCGGCCACAGUGCGCGGUGCCGCAUCAUGAUGGCCACGGCAGUACAGGUGGUCCUCGACUUAGACACGUGACUGACGACCACCCGCACUUACAACAGCCCGUCUUGUUAACCUUGUCAUAUCACUUGAUUCAUGCGUGAAAUUACUGAACAAAUAUAACAAAGCCUUAUUACGAAACAUAGCAUUCAUGCAUGUUAACCGAUGUGGUUUAUUUCGCAGUGUAAGGGGAUGAAUCAUGACAGUGUUGGAGUAGAACCCCAUCUGGUUGUGGGUCAAGUAGGAAAUUUCCUGGCAUACAACGCUGCCCCGGCAGUACUGGUCGCUCCUCUGGGUGCCCUUGGUGUGCUCUUUGGGGCUCUGUUGGCCUCCUGUGUGCUACAGGAGCAUUUGAACAUCCUGGGCAAGCUGGGCUGCCUACUGUGCUGUGCAGGUUCUACUGUGCUCAUCAUUCACUCACCCAAGUCAGAGAAUGUGAACUCUAGGGCAGAGCUGGAGGAUAGGUUUGCCGAUCCAGUGCUGUGGGCCUACAUCUCUGUGGUUCUCGUGAUCCUGCUCAUGUUGAUCGUGUGGGGGGCCCCAGCCUACGGCACCUCUAACAUCAUGGUUUAUGUGGGCAUUUGUUCUCUGCUGGGUACCUUCACCGUGCCCAGCUGCAAGGGCCUGGGCUUGGUUGCACCAGACGCCCUCGCUGGCACUGCCUCCAGCGUCAGGGUGCUCGGCUUGUUCCUGAGCCUCCUGGGAACACUCGCGGUCAGCGUCCUACUGCAGUUCACGUUUAUCAAUAGAGCUUUGGAGAUUUACAGCUCCAGCAUGUUUGAGGCUAUAUACUACGUGGCAUUCACCUCCAGCGUCGUCCUUGCCUCGGCCGUCCUGUUCAGGGAGUGGACCGCACUGGGUGUUGUGGAUUGCUUGGGCAUGAUGUGUGGACUCAUCACCAUUUUUGUUGGUGUCUUCCUGCUCCACAUUUCACAAGAGGCUUUGCUUUCCUGGAGACAACUGAAAGCAGCAACCAAAGAAGACUGAUCUCAGUGACUGGUUGAUCUGAGAAGACUGCAGCCUAUUAAUUUUUCUCUUUGGACAAGUGGAAUUCUUUUAGUGCCUUAAAAUAAUUUCUAAAAUAUUUACACUGGUUUGUUGGGUAUAAAAGUGUCAAUCUAAUUAGAUGUACUAAAAUUAUAAGCAGAAAAUAACACCUAAAUAUUUGGACAUUAAUUCCUAGUGCAAGUGAAAAAUAAGUUUUUCCUUUUGGGGAAGAUUCCAAAUGUAAAUGAAAUUACUACAGCUUAUUUCAGGGAGGCAUAAAAUAACAUGUAGAGUUGUGGCCAAAAGUAUUGGCACCCUUGCACUUUUUGCAAACAACUCUCAAUUUUCUCUAAAAAAUAAGUUUGAAUUAGCAACCCCAAAACAUCAUCGAACCUCCCCCGUGUUUCACUGUGCAGAAGGUGUUCUUUUCUUCAAGUCACAGAUCAUUUUAAGUCUGGGGUGUCAGUAAUUUUGUCAGUGCCAUUUCUUUUUUUACUGUCUGAAUGAAACACAAAGGUUCUGUAAUUAAAAAAGAAUGGUGGAGACCAAAUAUUUUGAUCAGCUUCAGCUUAUUUUAGAGAUUUUUUUUGCUAGUAAGUACUGCAAGGAUGCCAAUAUUUUUUGGCCACGGCUAUAUUUGUUAUUCACUUGUAACCAAAAAAAUGCUUUGUCGAGAAACCCCGAUUAACUGCAUUGGCAAGUGUGUUUAUGUGCACACAGAUUUGCACACUCUGUGCUCUUCUCGCUGGCUGAAUGUGGACUGGCAGCAUUUUUCCCCACAAGGAAUCCUGCUGCAUAACACUAGCAGAAGACAGGUAGGACGUGUCCCACAUCGAGAGUCAAAAUGCAAAUGAGGACACAAUGCCCAUAUGUCAAAAUAUACAUUGCCUGAUACAGCCUGGGGUUCUUUAAUUCCAGUUUGCAUAAACAAACUGGGAAUUGACAAAUGCAUAAAGUAACAAGCUAAUAUUAUAAUGUUUUAUCUGCUGAAAGCAGAGAAGCAAUUUUCUUUCCAUUUUUCCACUGUAAUACAAAUUCUGACCAUUAAUUUAAAAAUGCCACAGUACAAGAAUGAUGUUGCAGAGAACU